AUGGCGGCCUGCACUUUCACGCCCAAACAGAUUCUGAAGAAAGAGGUGUCACAGAGAGAAUACGAGUUCCUCCAAGAAUGGGCCCCCGACACUAUCAAGGACUACACCCCGAUCAAACCUGGCAAUCCGGUAGACAGGAUGCCCAAGCAUCAGACGAUGCCCAGCCAGCCACACGUCCAGAGCCCCCGACGGGCUAAACCUCGCUCGCCUCUCUACGAGGAAUGGAAGGCCCAGCCGCUACACAGGGAGACGUUGAACGAGGUUGCAAAAUCCCCAGGCGCUUCCGUGAGCAUGGAGAACAAAACCAACGGGAUGAUUCCUCCUGCUCCUACUACAAACGUCAGGGUUAAUGGCAGGCAUCCUAGUAACUCUUCGGACACAAAGAUCCGCCACCAGGAGCCGGUAAAGAGUAGUCCCGUUUUACAUAAUCAUUAUGCAAAACCCACCGCAAGCACCAACAACCGAGUUAUCGCGAACCCUCCUAGUGUGGCACCUAAGCCAGGAGUGCCCAGGCCCGGGCCAUACAAGCCUGUGGAACUAAACAACAAGAGGGUCAUGUUUCGAAACGAUGACUUGAUCAGAUGGUCGGACGGGAUCAAGACUCUGAGCGGUGCUAUGGCAUACUUUCAACCCAGUUUCAUUCAAGACCCGUGGAAGGACUUGAAGCCUGUUGUGACAAACUUCCUUGAGCGAUACUGGUAA